AUGGCUUCUCUACACUCUCAUAGGAAAGAUGCUGUCCAAGCCAUUCAGGAGAUCACCGGCUACACAUUCAAUGAUCAAUCUCUUCUUUCAGAAGCUGUUGAAGCAGCAGAUUUUAGAAACAAAGACGGGAACAAGGAUCUUGCUCUUCCGGGCGGCGCAAUCCUGAAAGUCUUCAUCAUCAUGGAAGGUCGUCAGAGACACCAAAACAGAAAAACCAUUGCUUCAAACGCUAAUCUGGCCAAGAAGGCGGUUGAACUCGGUCUUAAGGACUACAUUCAAAACAACCCGGCUCAGGGAAAUCUCAUCUCCCAGGGACCUUUGGCUACCGCAAUGGAGGCCAUUAUUGGAGCUAUCUAUAUCGACAGUGAUCGCGACUACUCUGUUCUUUCAGAAGUCAUCACUCGCAUGGGACUAGGAUGGCCCCGAUAG